UAGAGUAAGUCCUCUCCCCUGCAAAACCCUCCGUCUGUGUUUCUCUCUGACUCUCUCUCUCUCUCUCUCUCAGAAGAAAGAAGAAGAAAUGGGGGCUGGGAAGCGCGAGAUCCAAACCUCACUGGAAGGACUGAGGGACAAGAACUUGAUGCAGCUCAAGAAGCUCAACACCGCUCUCUUCCCGGUUCGCUACAACGACAGAUACUACGCCGACGCCCUCGCCGCCGGCGACUUCUCUAAACUAGCAUAUUACAGUGAUAUAUGUGUUGGUUCAAUUGCUUGCCGGCUUGAGAAGAAGGAAGGUGGGGUUGUCCGUGUGUACAUCAUGACACUGGGAGUUUUGGCACCAUAUCGUGGGAUAGGCAUUGGUAAAAAGCUGUUGAACCAUGCUUUUGAACUCUGCGCCAAGCAAAACAUUUCUGAAAUUUACUUGCACGUUCAGACUAACAAUGAUGAUGCCAUAAGCUUCUAUAAGAAAUUUGGGUUUGAAAUCACGGAAACUAUCCAGAACUAUUACACAAACAUCACCCCUCCGGACUGCUACGUUCUUACCAAGUAUAUUACCCAACCUCAGACAAAGAAGUAACAUGUCAAGCCGUCAAACGGGAAGUUCGUUACAUUAAUUUUUGAUCUCUGUCACUUCCCAAUUAUGCUUGAUUUGUCUAGUUAUAAACUUGUUAAAUCAUUGGAAGGCCGAGUCAUGUGAGAGUUCAUCUGCUAUGUUUCUGCAGACAUGACUGCCUCUUUAUCUUUUUUGUACCGAGACAUAAUGUCAUUUUGAAAAUUUUGUAAUUUAUUGGCACCAGGUAAAGGGGUUUUCAUCUUU